AUGAUUUAUCAGAAUUACAAUCCAUCUGGUAUAACAUCUCAGCCUGGUGUAUUCGUGCCACUCAGGGAUAGAAGGACACUGUGUCUCGUCUUCAGAAAAAAAGGACUUUCAGAUAAUUUUUUCCCUCGCCGGCGCACCUCGUCGGAUUGGCGGGACUCCGGACACACCUCGAGCACCAGCUUAGCGAAUUGGAGUAGGCGGCGCCCCUGCGACCUUGAGGCUCCGGGCGUGGGUUUGGCAUAUAUAGUGCAGGGGCGUCGGGGCAGAGGCAGGCAGGCAGCAGUCGAGGACGAAAAGAGCAAUAUGAGAGUCUUGGUGCUUUUGGCUUUUGUGUUGGGGUGCAACGCGAACCUGAUGUUGCUCCCAUUCCCGAUAGCGCAGCAGUACCGCUCGCAGGACCUGUUCGGACAGACCUCCUUCGGCCACUUCAGCUUCGACCAGAACCAGCAGCAGACCCGUCUCGCUGAUGGCACCGUCGUCGGAUAUUACUCCUACAUCGGCGCCGACGGCAAGCCCGCCGUCACCAUCUACGAGGCCGGCCGACAGGGCUUCCAAGUGAAGGGCUCCAACAUCCUGCCAGAGGCACCCGAAGUCCCCGCCGCCCCUGAGCUGAAAGCACCCGAGCCAGUGCAGGAAACGCCCGAAGUGCUCCAGGCGCGCGCCGAGUUCCAGCAGAAGUUCGACGAGGCCACCAGCACCCGAAGGCGCCGCGAGGUGCAGAUCCCCCUCCCGUACUUCCACCCAGUCCCCACCGUGGCCAAGCACAAGUUCGAGACCAAGCAGUUCGAGCCAGUCGACGCCAACACCCCCGCCGACACCAAGAAGAUCGAGCUCACCACCAAGGAGCACGAAAUCUCCGUGCCCGCCGUCAAGUACGUGCAGCCCGUGGUCAACGUCAAGCCCGUCACCUACACUGCUGCCUCCCCACUGGGCCUGCCAUACAGUCCCUGUCAAGACUGCGUAAUAGACUUCCCUUCAUUCCUAAGUCUCUGAAACCGUUCCGAUGACCCCAACUAGCGUUGUUUUUGCCUCACAUUGUAUUACGAUCUGCGCCUCGACACUUAAAGUCUAUAUGCAUUCCGGACAUUAAGUGCAUGCUUGUCGGUCGUUAUAAAGUGUGGGGAUGAACACUCACUCAGCCAUCGCGUGCACUGGUGGUGAUGUGCGUAGAUGUUUUUUGCUGAUACGGAACUGUUCAACUGUUAAAAAAAAAAGAUUGAGAUAUAGGCUGAGUGACUCUCUGUCAAUUCGCAAAAGAAAACAAUAAAAAAAUAUAUCAAAUCACAA